CACGCCUUCUCGACAACAAAAGCACGCCGAUCCUGAGCUUGGCCUAGCUGAGCCACCACAGCCGACUUGAGCGCUCUCCUUCCACGAAUUCUCGCUGCUUGCGCUGCUCUGCGGAAUUGCAUCGACUCCCACGCUUGCUCGAGGCCUGUAGGCUACAACAGCAAUGAUUAGUAGACGAUAGCGCCCUCUUCGCCCCUUGCCUCGAUUCGUUGAUUCGGAACGCCAGCCGGAGCGGCCUCCGCGUCACCAGAGGUGCAGCGUUGACCUGCGCACCAAGUCAUCACCAUGUCGCUUAGUCCGCUUCAGUCCCGACUGGCAGCCUCGCUGCUUGCAUCAUUGCUCGUAUUCGUCCUCUACUUCCUCGUUGCCUCACCCCAGUUAGCUGCCGCGCAAGAGCUGGAUGCUCACAAAAUCACGUACAACGAUAUCUCGCUCGAGGUCCAAGGACAACUGUAUGAGCCCGACUUUCCUCAAUUCGACCGGAGCAUAAUUGGGCGAGCACCCUCAUCUUUCACAAGCCUCAUCAACAAUGUCGCGAGCGACACGAAUGUCCAGAUCAACAACACGGCUCUAUUCGUCUUUGAAAUAUCUUCAGUGUCUGUCCGGACAGAGCAAGAGACUGCCGAACUACGCCGGGCUGCACUCCCAGAAGAAGACGCAAGUGAAGCUGCAAUCGAGCGGCGCCAGAGCCCGCGCACUCUGUAUAUUUCGGCAAAUACUUGCCAACAACCCAAGCGCAUAGGCGACAACAACAACGCCGAGGUUCCCCAGCUUGUCCUUUAUAUAUCCAACUCGACAGACAACACAUCCCCAGGCCCCGAUCAAUCUGCUGGUAAGCAGCAGCGCCUGGUGUUCAAGGAGGGUGCAAUCGUCUACAAUACCACUCUCAGAGGCGACGUAUACUUUAGCGUUUUCGCGCCGAAUGUGGCAGCAGACAAAUUUGAUGCCACAGCAUCGCCAUACAGUGUUCAAGUUGCAGCAUCCAUCGACGAGCCGUACCAUUCGUACUCCAACGUGCGGAGAGCCGAAUUGGUCUGGAUCGACAGCGACGCUUCUGCCACGCUGCUCACGACGAAGAACGUCACAAGUAGUCCUUCAGAGCUCUUGAGCACGCCUCCAUACAUCAUGUUCGCGCAAAACCGCGAUGACAUGACGAUCAAUGGAAUGCGCAAUUCCUACUGUGGUCUGAGCAAGUGGGCACAAAUGCGGCAACUCUAUGAUGGGAAGAGCAGGAUAAAGACUGGCCUGCGAGUUGAUUCGCUCACAAACAUGACGAGGCAAGAGUUUUAUCUGGACGGCUUGAACUCCAGCUCAAGAUAUAUGGGCUUUUUGGCUUCCUACCAGGAGCCAGGAUCCAAGAGAGACGUGCCUGGCGGUGGUGGAGUGGUGCUUCGGCAGACUGACUUUGAAACAAAGCCAGAUGGAGCUUGUACUGUCAUUUUCAAUUUGACAUUGUGUGAUGGCCUUCAGUACGCGGCGCCCGGAAAUACAACUCUAUUCCCGGAUUCACAAUCUCUCGCCGCGUUCUACGACAACUAUACCCAGACCAUGUACUCCAACUUUGACAAGGCACUGCAGCAAGUCGCCUGUGAUGCACCACCAGAAGGCCAAUGGUCUCUGGUAAGGAAUUGUACGGACUGUCGUAGGGCGUACAAGGACUGGCUGUGCUCGGUGGCCAUCCCACGCUGCGAAGAUUUCUCUAGCACUGAUCGUCCCAACUUGCAGAUGCGCAACAUCAAGGCGCCUUUUGCCAAUGGCAGUUUCGUCGACCAGGCCCUACUGGAUAAAUACGGCGACCAGCUUGCGUAUACGUCUUCGCGAAACCCUGCCAUUGAUCUACAGGUGCAACCAGGCCCGUACAAGGAACUCCUGCCCUGCGAUGACGUCUGCUACAACCUCUACCAGAGCUGUCCUGCCGCACUUGGCUUUGGCUGUCCCGUCCCUGGCAGCAUCGGCUUCGACACGAGUUAUGGCAAGCGGAAUCCGGAUGGCAGUUUGUCCUGCAAUUACCAAGGGUCUGCGAACAACAUUCCAAGCGCGGCGCCUGUGUCAUUGUUACCACCCCACGGGAUAUUUUGUUUCGUCUUGGUUGUGCUGGCGGCCGUGCUCGCUUGAAGACCUCUCUGAAUUACCAGCAGGCGCGCACAGCAGCCUCGUCACUUUUUCCAUUUCCAUCUUUUACGUGCCGAGAUACCAUGAUUUAUGAGCGAGCGAACUACAGAAGACGGGAACAAAGAAACGGGAGCAAGGGAGCAUUUCAAUGGCGUUGCGUUUGGUUUGGGUAUUUCUAGCCAUUAGAGUUACAGCUUGAAAGACUUGUUCUACCGCUGCAUGCAGCGUAACGGGCCGACCUGUCGGAUGUGGCCGUGAAGUCUCAUGUUGCGAAGCAUGUUUCCAUGGAUCCAAAAGCCGAUUGUGUUUAUUCCCCUGGCUUAUGCAGGUA